AUGUCAUCAUCGGGACCUGUUGUUCUUGAAGAUAAAUUCUUUGAAGUCAAAAACAUUGAUCCAGAAGGAAAGAAGUUUGAUAAAGUAUCACGUCUUUAUUGUGAAAGUGAAGAUGAAAUGGAAUUAAUUAUUGAUAUUAACACUGAUAUAUUCCCAGUAGAAAUUAAUGAUAAAUUAACAAUUUCAUUGGCAACAAGCCUGGAAAUUAAACCAUCAAAACAAGUAGAUUCAAAGAAAACUAAAGAUACAUAUGAUCCAACCCUAGGAACUGAUGACAAACCAUCUUUAAUGGACAAUUAUGAUUAUGUCAUGUACGGAAGAGUUUAUAAAUAUCAACCUGAAAAGAAUUAUUCUGUCGUUUCUAUUUAUGUGUCAUUUGGUGGUUUAUUAAUGAAAUUAAAAGGUGAAGCUAGAGAUAUUCAACACAUUGAACCUGAUACACAUUUGUAUUUAUUAAUGAGAAAGAAUUAA